AUGAGGCUCGCCAAAACCAUCGCCAUCCUCGCACUCGCCUCGUCUUCGAUGGCCGCCAGCUGCUUUUCAGAACAAUUGUGCUCUCAAUUGCAAGCAGAGGAACUAGAGUGUGGGCCUCCCGACGGAAACUGCGAAGCAUAUCCAUCACAAAUCGUAAGCCAGCUCAAGGAGAAGGCCGAUGCCGCAGAGGCUUCAGGAUCGACCGAGGAUCUUUUCGCAGCCGCUCGAAUGGACACAUUACGCAAGACGAUCGAGUGUUGGUUCAACCUAGGCAGUAGCAAUUGGAAGUGCCCCGUAGAAGAGCAUAUGUAG